UCGAAUGCUGGCAGCUGUAUGACGGCUUGGAGGCUUUUGUAAAAUAAGCUAGCUCCAAGUAAUUUGUAUAAUUCCAGAAGAAAGCUGCUCAUGUGCGUCGGUUUCCUGUCUGCUCCUUGCAGGUGGUAUCGCCACUUGUUCUCAGUUAUUUGAGAAGUGUGCUGCCUUCCUGGCGUUUUUGCCAUAGCAGCGCCCGAGUAUCACAACAGAAUACAUUCAAUGCGGAAAUGUCCCGGUAUACUACGUGGUCAUUUGACUCCGUAUUGAUCCGCUAUGCUGUGCUCAUGACAAUAUGGUGCACUGCUGUCCUCUAUGCCUGCUGGCGUUUUGCAUACACAACAAGCAACCUCCCUCUGCAAGUUGCAGGUGGCUUUACAGAUAGCAUGCACGGCCUAACCAGGAAAAGGGAUAUUACACACGUAGAGUGGAACAGAGUGUCUAAAGGACUCCUUUCAAUAUCCGCAUGGUUCUUGCUUCAGCCGUUGCUCACUCAAUUUUUCAUCCGGACUUUUAGGAAGGUGCCGCCAUGUUUCUAUGCGAUGUACACAACAACGUUCCUGAUGCUUGAAUACGACUUGAACAUUUUGCUGCUCCAGUACGCCAUUUACGCUCUGAUGUACCUUGCAACAACUUCGAAGCACAGAGGUGUGUGCUAUAUACUUUUCGCUGUUCUGUACCUGGGUUACAAGAUGGACCUCACACCAUCAAUCCUGACACAUAUUAUGUACAGACGCGGGGCUGACAAAGGCGUCCUGAUUGAUGUCGGGACGUGCUACGCUUUUCUUCGCAGCUUGAGCUUUGCAUUGGAUUGCAUUGAGAGGGAUACGGUUCCGCCACUAUGGAAAACAUUGGCUUACUAUCUCUAUUUACCCAACUUCUUUUGGGGCCCUCUGAUGAACUACAGUGACUUCGAGCAGGAGCUUGAUCGUCCGCCAACGCCCUGGUCCUUCUCGAAGCGAUCAUUCGGGCUGUUCCUGAACCUGGUGCGCUGCUACGUGCUGUACCUGUUUUACAAUCUGCACACUCAUUACUUCUAUCAUCAAGUCCUGUCGUACCAUCCGCAUAUCGUGGAAACGUUAGAUGCGUGGAGUGCAGCAGGUUUCUGUUUCUUGUCCUCCUUCUCGAUAUUUCUCGAAUAUCGCAUCUUUUUACUACUGGGUGAAUCUGUAGCAGCUCUGGAUGGUCUGCGUUUGCAUCCAGCCCCUAUGUGCAUAGCCCGACUGUACUCCAUGGCCCACCUAUGGAAGUACUUUAAUCGUGGCUUCCACUUGUGGGCUGCAAGGUAUUUCUACAUACCAUUUGUAGGCCGAGAUAAGCCCAAUGGGCUCAAAGUUAUUGGUGCUGGGCUCUGUUUCGGCAUAAUUUGGUUCGGCCACAAUGGGGGAGCUGCCAUUAGCGCUUGGUGCUCUAUUAAUUGCCUAACCGUCCUACUUGAGAAGUUCGUGAUACAUUUUGGGACCACGUGCUAUGGUGUUUCGAUCCAGGACCGCUUUCCAAAUUUGGUGCGCCAACUGCAGUUGAUCCUGUACACGACCUCGUUCCUGCUUGUGUACAUGUCCAACAUGUUUUUAGCAACAGGAUGGAGAGUACCUUUUAUAGUUUUCAACAAGCUUAUUUGUGCUCCUCUGCCAAUGGUCGCUUUGUUCAUGGCCACCUACUGCGGGAUUUGCUGUUCCUUAGAGUUUCAAAAGAAGAUGACAAAACGCAACAGAAAAUGCGAACACAUCAGAUGAGAUUCCCUCCAAACCACAAUAAUCAACAGAAAGCUUAUUCGGAAGUUGCUCUCAAAUAUUAUUUUCAGCUGCUUUCUUCCCUUUGCUUCGUCCACAACGGUCACGUGCAUUCAGCAGGACUCGCACCGAUCUUUGUCAAAUAAGUCAAACCAGGAACAUCCUGACCUUUCCAUUGACCAGUACAUCAAAUACUUGAUUUCGUCAGUGACGCUUCUUUUCUUCACUUCGAUGGAAUUCAGUGAUGCUUGUGAGCCAUUCUACAGAAGUGUGCGCAAAAAUGUGUGGGAAAUGGAAAUCACGAUAUCUUACCGA